GUAAUACUGCGCUUGAGGGAAAUGAAGAAGUUAGAAGUUCGGUACAACGGCAACUGGGGAAGCAUAUGCUUAAAUGUACCUGGAUUCGAUGACAAAGCAGCAAAAGUUGCAUGUCGACAAAUGGGAUUUGGGAAUGGAAAACGCAGUAAUAGUGGGACGUUAGUGUCAAGUGACAAGCUAAUAAUAGUCCUCGAUGACGUCACCUGCAUCGGUGAAGAAGACGACUUCAGUAAAUGCACACUUCAAGUCCCGACCGGUAAUUGUAUGUUAGCUGUGGAGGUGGGUUGCGAAAGUGACCCAGCACUGAAUGGUUUGUUCGAUGUAAGCUUGUCAGGGAGCCCUAGCCACGUCCAGAAGGGAAUAUUGGAAGCCACGAAAGCUGGAGCGACUGGAGCAGUGUAUUACGACAGCGGAUCAGCUGCCACCACAGUUGCCGGGAUCGUCUGCAAACAAAUGGGAUACAGCGGUGUUGAGAAGCAGACUGCAGCCAACGCCUCAUCUUACAAUGUUUCCUUUACUGCAACAUGUAAGGGAACUGAACUAACUCUUGCUGACUGUACCUUGACGCAAUGGACUUCCUGCUCCCCAAACAACGUUAUUGAUGUUGAUUGUAAACUGGACAACGCAUCACAGACACCAUUCGCCGUCCGGCUCUCCCAAUCUUCGAAAGCAGUGGUCGGGGCAAGCAGUGGGACAGUUGAGGUGAAAAAGUAUGGUAAAUGGGGCGUGAUCUGUGACACUGGCUGGGGUAUCGGUGAUGCAAACGUCGCCUGUAGACAACUUGGAUUCAAAGGAGCUGUGCCGACCACUGGUUUCCCAACGAAAGCCAAAUUCGGUCAAGGAACUGGUACAGUUUUCUGGAACAACGUGCAGUGCAAUGGCGACGAACAAAGUCUAGAAGAAUGCAAACAUGACGAGGUCCUUGGGACCAGUGCGUGCAACUCGGUGGAUGCUUCGGGUGUGAUCUGUUCCAGCGAUAAAUUGCCAUCAUUUUAUGAAAUCUGCUCAGAUACGACGUUCACGAUCCCUGCGAAUUUUUCUUUCCUCCAAUCUCCGGGGUACCCAAGUCAGUUCAAUUACGAGAGUGGCACAAUUUGUUCCUGCACGUCUACAAACCUCACUGCAGCCACAGUGCUAUCCUUGUACAUUUAUCAGAAAAUGUUCACGCAGAACCAAUCCUUGACAUUUUAUGACGACGGCUCUCAGAUUCAGUUGUAUGGCGAUAAUUCUUCAGCUGGCCCAUGGCCAUUUAACUUCACAAAUACGGAUAACUUCACGAUUCAAUUCCAAUCAAAUAAGAGCGAUGGUGAAGGGAAAUUUAACAUUCAGAUAAAAGCUACAACCGCAGUAGAGUUUACCUGCACGAAGACAGUCGGAGUUACCACAACGACAGCGACAACCACGACAGCAACAACAACAACAACAACCACAAGCUUUACUGUUACGCCUAUGUCGGCCCCAAAAAUUGAAGAUGAACCGCCUGAUAACGCUGGUCUAAUUGGUGCCGUGACCGCUCUUGUUGUUUUGGUUGUAUUGGCUAUCAUUCUUGGGAUCAUUUUGUGGAAACGUGGUUUCGUCUGUUUUUGCCGGAAAGCUAGGAAUCCUGAUGGGAAUGGGCACUACGAUGAGACUCACGUACCGACCAUGGGAGGAGGUAACGGGAACGGGGGUCCAGAGAACUACGUAAAUGUUGGAGGGGCGUACGGAAACGUGGGUGAGCCAGUUUAUGUGAACAGCGCCUUCGUGGCUGACAUGCCGACAAACACCGGUCAAGAUCCAUCCAGUUGUCCUUCCGAAUAUGAAAAUAUGGGAGAAAUUGCCGUCAAUCAAGAGCGUUAUUCGGGCCAUGCCACGCCACUUGCGGAACCAGUGCAAGGUGGUAGAGAUGUUCGAAACCAUGGAAACGGUGCCAACGACUCGACAGGUGUAGAUGAAGCAGAACCCCAGUAUGCUAAGCUUGAACCGGUGAAUCGAUCAGAAUAUGCCGACUUUCGGGGGCUUACUGCUGAACAGUUGAAGCCAAUUUGAUUUUUUAUCGGCUGAGUUGGGUUAAGAAACUGCCCGGAUGUGAUAUUUUGUACAGUGUGUUUCACCUUAGGGUGACGUGAUUGGCUCAGUAGUAUUUUGCAUAUGCAAACUGACUAAUAAUCUGCUGUCUUCUAAGUAAGCAUUUUGCCUAAACGUCCUUAGGGUAACUAAGUAUCGAAAAUUUAAAACUCUGCGAGAGGUGAAAAUCUGAUUAACUAUUCAAGAACUGUGGGACUUAUCUUGACAUCAUUUGCAGAACCUACGGGUUGCAAAGUGGAUGAAUCCACCACGGAAACUCUUCAUGUCUUGAUUAAUUUUGUUCUACAGCAUUAUUACAAAUAGGACUGGUUCCACGAAAACGGGAAACCGCCACUGACUUACUAAUCCGGGAGGCACGAUUUUUAAAUUUCAACGAAUCGGCUCUCGUGGAAUCAUUCGCUUUUCUUUAGAUUUACUUUUGCUGUCUAGAAACAAAACAAAAAGGGACUUCAGCGCCCGAUCGCGUUACUGACGGCGCGCGUAUGGCCGGAGGUAACGGAGGGGGGAGGCGUUCAGGAUGUCAGUGCCCCUUUUGCAGAUCUAGAGUUAAUGAUAGUAUGACUGUUAUGAUCAGACAUCAAUUAUGUUUAGUUGCCUCUGUCGUUUUCGAUCUAUCGAUCCCCCAAAAGCUGUUUCGAGGGGGUCGAGGUUGUCACGAUUUGCACUGAUAACCUUGUGAUAGAGAGUCGAACAAGAGAAAUUUAGGUGCGAGUGGGCUUUGUUUUAAGGCAAUAGACCGUGUAUUGGGCUAGGCCUAAAUUCGUUCAAUGCGAAGUCAGGGGCCAAAUAACGUGAUACAGUUUUUUGUCAUUCCAGUCGCACCAAUAUUUUACAAAAUGUAAAUAUUUAUUUGUAAUUGACAAGAUAUAAUAAAAUCCCA